GUCCCGUGAGUGAUGGCAAGAAGAAAAAAUGUCGGUAGAUCCCGUCCACAGGCGGGUGACCAGAACUGGACACUAUACUCCAGAAGAUACCUCACCAACAUCCGUACAACCUCAACAUACUGUCUGAACUCUAACACAAAAGGUCUGAGCAAUCAAAGUGUUUCUUACAGCACUGAGGCUGGAAGCACAGAAGCACCAGUGAUCAGCUGCUUUAUACCAGGGCUAAUGGAAGGAUUAAUUUGGAUCAAACAUCACAUCUGAGUCACUUGAUUAAUUGUAACCUGAAUACCAAGGAACUUCAAACAUGAAAGCAAAAAGCACCAUUCACAGUGGGGAGAAACCAUAUACCUGUGUGUGUGGGCGAGGCUUCAACCGAUCAUCUGGUCUGUCAAGACACAAAUGGAGUCACAGCAAGGAGAAACCCUGGAAAUGUCAGGAUUGUGGAAAGGGAUUCAGAUUCCCAUCUGAGCUGGAAACACAUUAUCGCAGUCACACUGGAGAGAGACCUUUCACUUGCCCUGACUGUGGGAAAGGGUUUACAAAUGCUUCUGACCUGCAUACACACCAACGAGUUCACACUGGGGAGAAGCCAUUCACCUGCUCUCAGUGUGGGAAGGGAUUCACUCAGUCGUCUGGUCUGCAGAUACACCAGCGGGUUCACACUGGGGAGAGGCCAUUCACCUGCUCUGUCUGUGGGAAGAGAUUCACUAAUUCUUCUGACCUGCUGAAACACAAGCUGGUUCACACUGGGGAGAGUCAGGUCACCUGCUCAGAGUGUGGAAAAGGAUUCAGUAAUUCUUCCAGCCUGCGGAUACACCAGCGAGUUCACACUGUGGAGAGACCAUUCACCUGCUCUGAAUGUGGGAAGGGAUUCACUAAUGUUUCCAACCUGCAGAUACACCAGCGAGUUCAUACAAAUGAGAGACCAUUCACCUGCGCUCAGUGUGGGAAGGGAUUUAGAGAUUCCUCCAACCUGAUGUCCCAUCAACGUGUUCACACUGAUGAGAGACCAUUCAGAUGCUCCCUAUGUGACACGAGGUUCAGUCGUUUAUCUGACCUCACUAGACACCAGCGGACUCACACACAGGAGAGACCAUUUACCUGCCCUGAGUGUGGGAAAGGGUUCACACAGUCAUCUGGUCUGCUGAUACACCGGCGAAUUCACACAGCAGAAAGGCCAUUUACCUGCUCUGAGUGUGGGAAGGGAUUCAGUGAUUCAUCGAACCUCCGCACUCAUCAGCGAGUUCACAGUGAUGAGAGACCAUUCAUUUGCUCCCAUUGUGGGUCUCGGUUCAAACGUUUAUUUGAACUCACCAGACACCAGCGGACUCACAUGAGGGAGAAACCAUUCACCUGACCUCAGUGUGGAAAGCAGUUCACUCAGUUAUCCGGCCCACUGAGAAACCAGGGAAUACCUGAGUAAGCAGGUUUUUCUUGCUGAGAGUGUAGAGAGGGUUUACUCAGUUAUCCAGGCUGCUGAAACUGUUGGGAAUUCAGACUAAUCAUCGAUUAUUUAAAUGCCUAAAUUGUGGAAAGUGUUUUAAUCAUUCAGCGGUAUUGAUGUCCUAUCAACUUUUGCACUUGUGCUCUUUCUGUGGGACUAUGGUCACAUAAUCAUCUCAACAUAUUGUACUUCAGUAAAUGCACAUUUAGGAGAGGUCAUUAAACCAAAUAUGUGAGAGAAGGGAUUCAGUCUGUCAUCCAACAUGCUGAACCAUCAGUAAUGAUACUGUUUGGAGUUUGUUGUUAAUCUCAUCCAAGGUGGAGCCCUGUUCACGGUGUCUGCUUGUGUUGAUGAAAAUGAACCUCAGUCCAGUUAUAACUGUUAACCACUGUUAUUAGUCAGCAGAAAGUUGUUCAUAAACAGCACCUGAGUAUUGCUGCAAGCAUGCAUACUUUGCUGAUUUUAUUUUUCUCUUACACACAUUGGGAGAAUUUCUAAGAAUAUAAAUUAAACACAGAACCGAUGUUUACACUGUAUGAGAAGUGAACAUUGAUUGGUGGAGGCAUUGCCAUGAAGAUACACAUUCUAUCCAUGAAGAACAGAAUUAAUGAUAUAUAUGUGGGCACAAAUUCAGGUUACCAGUUUAGGGUUAGUGCUAAUGUUUUAAUAUAUCGAUACAGGAUGCCUGAACCACACUAAAGUAUUUUCCCGUUUAUGUUCUAUUUCAUUUC